AUGGCCGAAGUCAACGUAGCUGCAGUGCUGUUUCCGAAGCCGGAGAAAUUCAAAGAGGUGGCUGCUCUCGUCGCGGAGGUGGUCCAGAAAGUGCAGGAGAACGAGCCGGACACGCUGCUGUACUACGCAAUCCAGGUCCAGGACAAGCACGAGAUUGUCAUUGUCGAACGAUAUAAGAAUGCCGCGGCCGUGCAAGCCCACAUCAAGGCGCCAUAUUUCCGAGCCUUUGCGGCCCAACUGCCCACGCUGCUGGUCAAGCCGGCGGAGAUGCGGGCGGGCGGCUUCCUGGGCGGCGCGCCGGGAGUGUCGCGUCUGUAG